AUGUCGUCUCUUCUUUACAGUCCCGUCUUGGGCUACAUUCAGACUCUGAAUAACUUCAUUCUUUCACCAAUGCUAUCCUGUCCAUUACUUCUCACAUCGAUCUACGCACCAGAAGUCGCCAACAAUGCACUAUCUUCCAUCGCCGCGCGACUUCCGCCUCAGAUCUCAACUACCCUAGACCUUUCUACUGUCAACAAGGUUCUCCUCAUCUGGACUAGCCUGAGUGUUCUACGUACCAUCAACAAGGUUCUCAAUGUGAUGGCUCACAAUUCCUGGCGUCUCAGACCCGCCUCGAAUUGGUCCUGGACAAAUGAAAUCGCUGUUGUAACUGGCGGUUCCAGCGGUAUUGGCUUGAGCAUGGUACAAAAGUUGUCGGGGUUAGGAAUACGAGUCGCUGUUUUUGACGUCCAGGAUUUGCCCAAGGAAUUGCAGGCUGAUUCGCGCGUUCACUUUUAUCGCUGCGAUAUUACCACUGUGGAAUCUGUCGCGGAAGCGGCUGAUGCUGUGCGACGUGAGCUUGGUCAUCCAACCAUUCUUAUCAACAAUGCCGGUAUUACGUCUCCGAUGCCAAUUCUGAAGAUGUCAGAAUCAUUUCUUCGCAAGAUCAUGGGCGUCAAUCUCAUGUCUUUGUGGUACACAACUCAGCAAUUUCUCCCUCGGAUGAUCCAACUUGACAAGGGCCAUAUCAUCACUGUCGCAAGUAUCGCGUCUUUCGUUGCUUUGCCCACAGGCGCCGAUUACUCAGCGACCAAAGCUGGCGCGUUGUCUUUCCACGAGUCACUUGCCAGUGAGCUCAAGCAUUUUUACAAGGCUCCCAAUGUUUUGACAACUGUUGUUCACCCCAAUUUUGUCAGAACCCCUCUUGUUGAAGGGUUUGCUGAGAAACUGGAGCGUGGAGGAGUUAAGUUCUUGACUCCCGAUGACAUCGCGAAUGAAGUCGUCGCGCAUAUUAAACGUAAGCGUGGUGGUCAACUUAUUGUUCCAAAGUCUGCUUCUGGUAUCUCUGGAAUUAGAGGAUGGCCUACUUGGAUACAGGAGAUACUCCGGGAUAUGAUUGGAAAGACAGCUUAA